AUGAGUAUUACUUAUGAUAACGCUGAAACAGGAAGUGCAACUGGCACAAUCAUUACUGUGAGUAAUUGGACAUCAGCGGAUUCUGAAUUGAAUUAUAACGGUUAUUAUCAUAAUCGCUGGAAUUACCAUGAAGACGUGGUUCAAAAUAUUUUUGCCGUGGCUACCGACAAAUCAUGUUCUUGUAACGACAAAAACAUAGAACUAUCACGACAUGAGAAAAUCGAAUUGCAGUCCCCAGGAUUUCCAAAUUUUCAAUGUCCGUCCGCUCAAUGCGAAUAUCAUGUAUCUUUCUCAAAGUCAAAUACAUCAAGUGCAAUUCUUCAGCGAGCGCUAAUCACUAUCGAUGCGAAAUCAGGAGACGGGGUAAAUCUACGUCUUGCAAGUGGAUCUUUGGAUGUUGGAAUGAACAGCAAUAUGUUCAAAACCAUUUCUACUAGCUUGCUAGUUGAACAAAAUGAAAUAAAACUAGUGUAUACUACCCCUAAACAACUUCACAUUGGACAAGAUGGUCAUUUCAAAUUGACAAUAGAGGGUCUAGAAAUCGAGAAUGAUUGUGAUUGCUCCUUAUUCAAUGUGAAACACUAUAAUUCGGACUCAUCGAGAAUUGUCACUAUUCCGUCUCAUUGCGAGAAGAUGUAUUGUGACUGGGCAAUUGCAAAGAACUCAGCAAAUAACAAACGAGAAAUAACUAUUUCUCUGGAGAACGGACAUCUGAAAGAUGAGUUUCAUAUCUGGAACAACGUCUUGAUGGAGAAAUACAGCGGAUACCAACUGCAGCAACCAAGAAAACUGUUCAUAACGGAUGGAAGUAGUGAUACGCAUCUAUUCUUUCGUAGAUCUUCUGUUGGCCCUAAAUCUGUGAUUCGUGUUUCCUGGAAAACAGUUCAUGGUACUGGCUGUCCCACAGCAAGCAAUGUUGAUCUUAGCACUGUUCCUCAAGUUUUCAUCUCACCAAGAUAUCCGUUGAAUUACGAUUUUUACGGAAAUUGCUCAUUACUUCUUACAGCCCCCGAAAACUUGACCGGGAAGAAAAGCAAUUUAACUAUUUUAUCAACUGGAAAAAUGAUGUUUGUCAACUUUUUCUCUGAUGGUUUUCACGGACGACGAGGUUAUCAUUAUACUGCAAUUUCAGUGCAAAAACCAAUCACUAUAAAUGAUUUGGACAAUUCGAACAACUCCGCAGUGUCAUCUCUGCCAUUCAACGAUAUUAUGACGGAAACCGUUAUUGACCCCGACGUACAACUUGAUUCCAACUAUAGUAGCAUUAAUGGAACGGACUUUAUGCAUAGUUCAGAACCGGUUCAAGGACAUGUGAUCUUACACUUCAUAUGUUCUGUUUUCAUUCUUGUCGCUAUUGCUUUGAUUGCUAUUUUUGGAGCUGCUCUCUUCAAAAAGAAAAUCGCUGACACAAACGUAACGACAUCUUUUGUAAACGAAAUGGUUCGAUUUCACAAUGAUGAUACUGGAUCCACUGUUACAAUUGAAAACAACGCGUAA